GUAAGCAGCUUCAUGCACUUGCUAGCAAGCUAAAAACACGGGAUGUGCCAUGUUUAUGUAACUGAACUGCCCUUGAACUUUGUGACUUUCAUGACGCGAAAAAAAGACACACAUUGCUAAAUGAACGCUUCUGCUUGUGUUGCCGCCUGUCUCUACAGUCAUGGCAGGACUUUUGAAAAGAGCACUAAGGCUAAGGACAGCUCUGAGAUGUCUGUGCGACUACAGCAUGCUCUCACGAUCUACAGCCACUCUUUCACCUGUUGACUUUCACAGUCCUUUUCUGACCUGCAGCUCAGAGCAGGUUUUGGCCUCCACUCGUAAGCUACAUGCUGGGGCAGACGGGUCUAAAGUAUCUCCUUCUGCAGCACCAGAGAGGUUGCCUUUCUGCAGAGUAACUGAGGAAGAUCUGGCCUUUUUCAGGAAGAUCCUAGCAGGCAGAACCAUUGUUGACCCUGAUCUGGUGGAGCCUAGUAAUGUGGAUUGGCUAAAGUCUGUGAGAGGUUCUAGUGAAGUGUUGCUUAGACCUCAGACAACAGAGGAAGUAUCACAAAUUCUAAGUUACUGUAACAGUCGUAACCUGGCGGUGAACCCUCAAGGAGGAAACACUGGGCUAGUUGGUGGCAGCGUGCCAGUUUAUGAUGAGAUAAUUCUCUCCACCUCUCUAAUGAACAAAAUCCUUAACUUUGACAGUAUCUCUGGUGUUCUGACCUGUCAGGCAGGUUGUGUCUUGGAGAACUUGUCUUUCUACCUCGAGGAGAGAGACUAUAUAAUGCCACUGGAUCUUGGGGCAAAAGGCAGUUGCCAAAUUGGCGGCAAUGUAGCAACCAAUGCAGGUGGUCUCCGGCUGCUGCGGUAUGGGUCCCUACACGGGACUGUGUUGGGUCUGGAAUUGGUAUUGGCAGAUGGGCAGGUGUUGGACUGCUUAUCCACCCUGCGGAAAGAUAAUACAGGAUAUGACCUCAAACAGCUCUUCAUAGGGUCAGAAGGCACUUUAGGAGUCAUUACUGCAGUGUCCAUCCUUUGUCCACGGAAACCCAAAUCUGUUAAUGUUGUUUUCCUGGGUUGUGAGACCUUUGAGCAGCUGCUGAAAACAUUUCAGCUCUGCAAAGGCAUGCUGGGAGAAAUUCUGUCUGCCUUCGAGUUCCUGGACAGUGAAUGUAUGAGGCUGCUGAAUACGCAUCUCAAACUACCCAAUCCUAUAUCUGACUGUCCAUUCUACAUCGUCAUUGAAACUUCGGGAUCUGACCCGACCCACGAUGCGCAGAAACUCCACAACUUUCUUGAGGAGGCAAUGACAUCAUCGCUGGUCAGUGAUGGAACGGUAGCAACUGAGGAAGCAAAAAUAAAGGCUCUGUGGUCACUGCGUGAACGUGUCACUGAGGCACUGACUCACGAUGGCUUCACCUACAAGUAUGACAUCUCCCUUCCAGUGGAACGGAUCUACCAGCUGGUGACAGACAUGAGGAAGCAUCUGGGAAACCGGGCCAAAAGUGUGGUGGGAUACGGACACGUAGGUGAUGGUAACCUCCACCUGAACGUCACUUCUCCGUCUAAAGACCCUGCUCUCCUGGCUGCCAUUGAGCCAUUUGUUUAUGAAUGGACAGCCAGCUGUCGUGGGAGCAUUAGUGCAGAGCAUGGACUGGGCCUGAAAAAGAGGAACUACAUUUACUACAGUAAACAGAGCCAGGCUGUGGCACUGAUGGGUAACAUCAAGGCUAUGCUGGACCCCAAAGGCAUCCUCAACCCGUACAAGACUUUACCAGACAACCUGAAGCAGUGAUGUACGCAGAGGUCAUGCUCGAGUUAAACUUUAGUUACCGGUACAACCUCAACCCUAUAUGGCGUGUGUGUGCAGUUAAGGUGCUUUUCACACAUUUGGUGCAGAGCUGACAGUUCACUCAAGAAACACUAUUUGUCACACAAGCCACAAAACCCAGUCUUGCAAAAAAGAAAAGACAAAGUAGUUUCAUUUUAUACAAAGCAUUACUUUCAGACAGAUAUCUUCUUUAGCAAGCUGCGGAAGUGAAGUUCCAGUUUAAAUAUUUUAACUACCCUUGUUAGUUGCACUGAUAGAGUAGCCUUAGUCUGAUGCACUCCAUAUUCUAUAGAAUAUUCAGCAGGUUUUAGAGCUUGAAAAGAAAAAAAUUCCACUUUCUCAGAGGAAACAAAUGAACAAUGACUGUCCUUCAUAUGGUGUUUGAGUGCCACUAGAGGGCAGGUGGGUAUAACAGUAUGGGUAUAACAGUGUGGGUAAAAUGUUGUCUGGAUAAACUGAUGUUUGAUACAUUUAUGCAGUGAAUGCCACAGCUUGUAAUUGGUGGCCAGCCAGAUGUUCUGGAUUUGGAUGUAGCCAUAGUAGGUGUCAGCAGCUGACUGUGUACAUGUACUGAAUGUAUAAUCAUGCAGUAGCAGAUUAAAGCUUUCCAAUUUUGUUUGUAGAAAUCAGAGCACAUACUGCGCAUUCAUUAGGCAAGAGUGCAGUAAAUGUUUACAUAUAAAAAGGCAAAACAACUUUUCCCCCCCAAAAAAACAAAGCCAGCAUUUGAAAACAAAAUCCUUCAUACACCUGCAACUUUAAAUUUAAAGUCUUCAAUAAACAUUUCCAAAUGAA